AUUGGUCCAAUGGGUUUGGCCAUGUGUUGUGGUGAAAACUUCAGAGUGGUUAGCUUGACGUGCAAGAAGAAGAAUUGUUACAAAACAUUCCACACGGGAAAAUUGUCUGAUAAAUCGGAUGAGGGCAGUCCGGGCAGUCAAUUUCCAUGUGAAGUGCAAUAAAUUGGAUGGGCACCGUACAUAGCUGAACAUUAGUCACCGCGAAUCCGUGUCUUGAACCCACCACAGUGACAAAAUUAAAACUUGGGGAGUGGACGCGUAUCUCGCGACUUCCUGGAAGAUUUUUCACAUUAUUUUCUGGUGCAAAAACAACAGAGAAGAAAAAGCUGUGCACGAGGAAAUGAUCUGGUCAAGUGGGAUUAUCGUUUGUGUGUGCAAUCUAUAGGAGAAGUUAAGGAAGAAAAAAAGUAUCAAGUGCAAGUUAAAGAGGCAGCUGCAGCAGCAAUUUAUCCGUGGGAAGAUUAGUGGCUAUGAUUUUUGUAGCCAAAAGAGACUCUUGAGAUUGAUGUGCUCUCCCUGGGUAUUGUGCAGCAAUGUCCCCUCUCGCCUACACUCUGUACGGGUUUGCGGUGGUAUUCUUUGUCUUCUGGUGCGGCAAAUGGUUGGUGCACAUCCUCGCCAUCACGUACGGGAAGUGGAAGCUCCAUCGGAAGACGAAUCUUCAGCCGCGGGAGGUGCCCCCGGUGCCUGUGUCCAUCCUCAAACCCCUCAUGGGUGUAGAUCCAAAUCUCGCAGCAAACCUCGAAACCUUCUUCACAAUGAGCUACCCUUCGUAUGAGUUGCUGUUCUGCAUCGAGGACGCCCAUGACCCCGCCGUGCCGCUCGUCGAGGAGCUCAUGGCAAAGCAUCCAGCCGUGGAAGCGAGAAUCUUCAUCGGUGGCACCCGUGUGGGUGUUAAUCCCAAAAUUAAUAACAUGUACCCCGGCUACAUGGCAGCAAGGCACGAACUCAUCCUCAUCUCCGACAGUGGGAUUCGCAUGAAAGAGGAUACCCUUCUGGACAUGGUGGAUCACAUGGUGGAUGGCGUGGGAUUGGUGCAUCAGAUGCCCUUCACGUGCGACCGCGAUGGCUUUGCCGCCACCUUCGAGAAGAUCUACUUUGGCACUGUGCAGGCACGUAUUUACCUGUGUGCCGAUCUCUUGGGCAUUGUUUGCCACACGGGUAUGUCAUGCCUCGUACGGAGGAACAUCCUGGAAUCAGCUGGGGGCCUCGGGCACUUUGGGCGGUACCUUGCGGAGGAUUUUUUCAUUGCAAAAGCCGUCACGGAUUCGGGGUACCGUUUGACGGUUAGCAGCCAGCCGGCGUGGCAGAAUUCGGGUAUCUGUGAUAUCGGCAGCUUCCAGGCGCGCCUCACGCGCUGGGCAAAACUUCGUGUGGCCAUGGUGCCGACGACGAUCCUCCUGGAGCCACUGUCGGAAUGUUUAGUGGUGGGAGCAUUUGCCUCAUGGGCAGCUUCCGUGCUCUUCCACUGGGAUUCCCUUGUGUUCUACUUGGUACACAUUCUCGUGUGGUUCCUGUGCGAUUGGAUACUCCUCUCAAUUGUCCAGAAUGGGUCGUUGCCCUUCAGUAAAAUUGACUUUGUCGUCGGGUGGAUCUUUCGCGAGUGCACAGGGCCCUAUCUCUUCUUUCACGCCCUGUGGAAUCCAGCCAUACGGUGGCGAACGCGUGUCUUCAAGCUCGCCUGGGGUGGUGUGGCACAGGAGGUGCCACUUGAGAAAGCCAAAUUCGUAACGGCUUAGGAGGGAAGGAACAAAUUGUACAUAAAUCUCGCCCACGCGCAUCGGCGCUUCAAUUCCCAUUUAUUGCACAAAAAUAAUAAAUACCACAAGCGAAUCCCACUCAGCUGCAUAUUCGCCGCCCCUGCCCCAACAACACAUACACCCCAAGAAUACCGUCAAAAAAAAACAUCCCCCAGCAAUCACGGAGAUUUUAGGAUUAAUUAAUUAAUAAACAAGGAUGGAGAAAAAAACAGAUUUUGCACUCUGUUAUAAGAAUGUUUUUUUCUUUUCCUACUUUUUAUGUGAAAAAAGUUUAAGAAAAUAAUGUUAAGAUGAUAAUAAAAUUCCUUGCGAUUCCCGCA